AUGGAAAAGAACGGAGCAAGCAAUGGGCAGGAUGCGAAGCCCCAAAAGUCGCCUCCUGCGUCUGGCGCAAGCAAGAGUCCGAAGAAGAGGCGUAAAGUUAAUCAUGCUUGUGUGUAUUGUCGCCGAUCCCAUAUGACAUGCGAUUUGGAACGCCCAUGUGCACGCUGUAUAAAGCGUAAUAUCGGACACCUUUGCCAUGAUGAGCCCCGCGAACCGGAAUCGGCCACGAAGAAGGCGAAGAGCCAACAUACCAAUUCUGCGCCGGAAGAGGAUGGGUCGCCGCAAGAGCCUGUGCAGCAGGGAACUGUAGACCACGGCAACGGUAUGAACAGCUCGUUCGACCAAGCUCAAGCACAAUCGCAAGAUAACAAUAGCCUCACGUUGGGCACUGCUGCACUCUCCCAAUCUCAGGGCGGCCCAUUACAGCUCGUUCAGCCCUCACCGGUGUCGGGCAUCCAAGCAAAUGCUUUUAAUAGCAACAGCAACCAGUUCAUCGGAUACUCGAGCGACUGGCUAGGAUCACAGAACCAAUUUCAAGAUAUGCAUAACUACCACCCCUCGUACAUGUUCAACGCGCCAGAAGUUACCAAUGAGUACAACCUCUUGAACGAUUUCCUAAACAACAGCUUGCUCGACGACGGUGCCCUGCUCCCCGAAGAUACCUCCGGCUUCUUCAACGAUCAGUCUGGAGCCAUGUUACCAGGGGCUUCCAACAAUAAUGCUGGUCCAUCGGGAACUCAGCCGUCAACGAUGCUGAGUUCCGGAAACCCACAAGCAGGGGCAAUUUCUAGGCCGGCGAGCGUCAUACCGACAGACAAAGCACGCGAGUACUACCUCCAAGCCGCAGAUCCAACUGGCAACGAUGCGCCGGAGGAGCGAAUGCAGCGGCUACUCCGAGCGAAGUACGAUGCGGGAAUGCUGAAGCCAUUCAAUUACGUGAAAGGCUACGCGCGAUUAUCAGCCUACAUGGAUAGUCAUCUGCAUGCGGCCCAGAAGCAGAAGAUUCUUCGACAGCUUGACCGUUUCAGGCCUAAAUUCCGAGAGAAGGUCCAAGCCUUGACCGAUAUCGAGCUCAUCUAUGUUGAGAUGUGGUUUGAGCGCAGUCUCAUGGAAUACGAUCGUGUGUUUGCGAGCAUGGCUAUACCUGCGUGUUGUUGGCGGCGAACAGGCGAGAUUUUCAGGGGUAAUAAGGAGAUGGCAGAGUUGAUACAUGUGCCGAUAGAGCAAUUGCGAGAUGGCAAGAUUGCGAUCCACGAGAUUCUCGCUGAGGAAUCACUCGUAAAUUACUGGGAGAAGUUUGGGGCCAUUGCAUUCGAUCAGAGUCAAAAGGCAUUGUUGACAAGCUGCUCCUUAAAGAAUCCAGACGACCAGUCGAAAGAUCCCACGAUCAAGUGCUGCUUCUCUUUCACGAUAAGAAGAGAUGACCACAAGAUCCCGUCCCUAAUUGUUGGUAAUUUCCUGCCACAGGAUCCGGUAAAACGCUAG